CCAGGAGGACACGUAGCCGCCAUCUUUUGCUUGAUGACGGUGUUUCAGGUUCGCUCUUCACGACCCACUGAAGCUUCCCCGACAUGCGCCUGGGUCCAACCUUUCCAGACCUUUCAUCUGGGGAGAAAGAGGAGGAGCGGCUAAAAGCGGAGGUUUGAGGGCCUAGAGUGGUGAUGUACGUCCCGCGGGCGGAGCUUCUUUGCGUUUGGUAACGUACCCGGGAUGGGGUGGGCUCAGGUCGUGCCUCCUGGGGUUUGAGGGUCUCCCCGGUUUUCUUCACCCCUAACCUGACCCCGUCCCCCACCUAUGAGCUAGCCCUACCGCUUCAUACGGCGUCACACUGGGUGAGUUGCUUAACUCCUCUGUGCCUCCGUUGCUGUUCGGUAAAAGGGGGGAAAAAGGAAUGCCUUCUUAAUAUAGUGUUGUGAGAAGAAACGAGAUAGCACAAGUGAAAGGUCUACAACUGCCUGAUACAUUGUUGUUAUUAAUACUACGCAAAUUCGGGAGGCACCCAUUUCGCAGCGGAAUUCUGUGAGCCCAGGAAGCUGAAUUGUCCUGGACUCCUGGCCUGUUUUGGAAGGAGAGGACUUCUAGCUGCCCUGACCUCUCCAAAAGCACUGCUCGGAGGAAGAGGCAACGGAGCCCCACGGGGCCCAGGAGGCUGCAUUCCAACAAGAUCCCGCAGUAAUUCUCAUGCACGUGAAAAUUCGAGAAGCUCAAGAGAGGGUCUUUUCUGGAACCUGAGGCCGAGGAAGUUGACCCUGCUGGAUGUCACAGAUAAAACUGAGCUGGAUUCACCAAAGCCCUACUUAGUCCAAUGAUUUUAUUCCCCCACUAAUGAUUGUCAACUGUCAGGGCCCCUUUCAGAAUCCUGAAUUGAGCAGAAGACAGCUAGCAAGUGUAGAGUCAAAAUGGAGGUCGUUAGAAGUUGUGAAGAUCUAUCUCUCCCAGGCUUUGGGGAGUGGAAUCAUUGCCAUCCUUUGUACUAGAUCGAACCCGGGCCCCCUGCAUUGGGAAUGUGGAGUCUUAUCCACUGCACCACCAGGGAAGUCUCCCAUUUAUUUCUUAAACUUCCCUAUAUUUAUAAUGAUAUAAUUACAAUUCAGAUUCCUGUCUUUUUUCAUUUGAAUGAGGUAUGGACUGUCAAACUAUUUUUUAUUGUUGUUGCAGAAUCCUGGCUUUUAUUAGUUCUCUUUACCUCUGUGCAUAAUUGUCAAAAGGGUACUUCCUGUUGAAAAAGAAACUUAACGUAUUUUUAUACCUUUUGUAAAAAGUUGUCCAUGUCAAUUUAAAUAUUAUUGUUGCAGUCACAAAAUCUUUAGGAAGACAAGCAGAGAUUUUCAGAAGUCUAAAGACUCUCACAUAACAGGGCAACAACGUAUGACCUCCACAUGUCUGACAGUGUUGUGUUGGUAGAAAUCACAUCUCUAAGGAUAAUUUCUAACUAAAAUAUCAUCUGCUUUACCGCAGUUGCUAAGAAAUAAGAAACCCUGACAGUGGUGUUCUCAGAGCUUCCUACCUUACGACGAUCUCACGAGGUGGAUGCCCGUGUUCUCCCCCACUGGCAGAGGACAGAACUGAGGCGAAGAGAUGUGAAUAAUUUGCCCAGGAUGACACUGCUAGUGAAUGGCGUAGCCUGAUCACAGCCCAUGCAUAUUGACUCCAAAAGCUACUCUGACUUACAUGGUCUCUGUUUACACCAUACCCAGAAUAAGAAUGACCCCUGUGGAAGCUGCAGGCACACUGACUCUGCACUUCCCCAGAAGGAGAGAGAAAAUGAGCACAUUCCAGGAGGCAGUGACCUUCAAGGACGUGGCCGUGGCCUUCACAGAGGAGGAGCUGGGCCUGCUGGACUCGGCCCAGAGGAAGCUGUACCAGGAUGUGAUGGUGGAAAACUUCCGGAACCUGGUCUCAGUGGAAGAAAACAAUCAAAGUGAGUUGAGGGCCGUUCAAGACAGAGGAUCACGUGAAGAGCUUUCCUGCUGGCAAAUCUGGCAACAAAUUGCAAAUGACUUAACCAGAUGCCAAGACUCCAUGAUAAAUAGUUGUCAGUUCCACAAACAAGGUGAUUCCCCCUGCCAGAUUGGGGCAGGACUUUCUAUUCAAAUUUCUGAAGAUGAGAACCAUAUAUUAAAUGAUAAAGCAGGUGAUCCCAGUAGUACUGGAAAUCCAAGGUUUGCAACUUUGAGAGCCCAGGAUUCUUGGAGGAAAACUUCAUUGACUGAGUCACAGAAUUAUCAGAAUAGACAGCAGCAAAUUUCCAUGAAAAAUAAACUGUGUCAGUGUAAAGAGGUUGUUGACACCAUCAGUUGGAUUUCACAUCACCUUGAUGCUCAUGGAGUACACAAGGGUCAAAAAUCUUAUGGCUACAGUGAUUAUAGAAAAGAUGGCACGAGGGUUUCAACACUGGAUCAGAAUACUAUGAUUCACACAGGACAAAAACCUUACCAGUGUAAUGAAUGUAAAGAAACCUUCAUCGAUCUCUCCACCUUUGAUCUUCACCAGCAAUUACACUCAAAAGAGAAGUCUCAUAUGUGCAGUGAGUGUGGAAAAGGCUUCCGUUACAGCUCGGUUCUUCAUAUUCAUCAGAGAGUUCACAUGGGAGGAAAACACAGUGAGUGUGAUGAGUGUGGCAAGGAGUUCAGUCAGAGCUCACAGCUGCAGACUCCUCAGAAAGUCCACACUGUAGAGAAACCAUUCAAAUGUGGGGAAUGUGGGAAAGGCUUCAGUCGUAGGUCAGCACUUACUAUUCAUUGUAAAGUCCACACGGGAGAGAAACCUUAUAAUUGUGAGGAGUGUGGGAGGGCCUUCAGUCAGGCCUCUCACCUUCAGGACCAUCAGAGAGUCCACACUGGGGAGAAACCAUUCAAAUGUGACAUGUGUGAUAAGAGCUUCAGUCGGAAUUCACACCUUCAGUCCCAUCAGAGAGUCCAUACGGGAGAGAAACCGUACAAAUGUGAGGAGUGUGGGAAGGGCUUCAUUUGUAGCUCAAAUCUAUACAUUCAUCAGAGGGUCCACACAGGAGAAAAACCCUACAAAUGUGAGGAAUGUGGGAAAGGCUUUAGUCGGCCUUCAAGUCUUCAGGCCCAUCAGGGAGUCCACACUGGAGAGAAAUCAUACAUAUGUAAUGUGUGUGGUAAAGGCUUUACUCUGAGUUCAAACCUUCAGGCACAUCAAAGAGUCCAUACAGGAGAGAAACCAUACAAAUGUAAUGAGUGUGGGAAGAGCUUCAGGAGGAACUCCCAUUAUCAAGUUCAUGUGGUUGUCCACACAGGGGAGAAGCCCUAUAAAUGUGAGGUAUGUGGGAAGGGCUUCAGUCAGAGUUCAUAUCUUCAAAUCCAUCAGAAGGCCCACAGCGUAGAGAAACCUUACAAGUGUGAGGAGUGUGGGCAGGGCUUCAAUCAGAGUUCACGACUUCAGAUCCACCAGCUGAUCCAUACCGGUGAGAAACCAUACAAAUGUGAAGAGUGUGGGAAGGGAUUCAGUCGUAGAGCAGAUCUUAAAAUUCAUUGCAGAAUCCACACUGGAGAGAAACCGUAUAAUUGUGAGGAGUGUGGGAAAGUCUUCAGGCAGGCCUCAAAUCUUCUGGCCCAUCAGAGAGUCCACAGCGGAGAAAAACCAUUCAAAUGUGAAGAGUGUGGGAGGAGCUUUGGUCGGAUUUCACACCUUCAAGCCCAUCAAAAAGUCCACACUGGAGAAAAGCCAUACAAAUGUGAGGAGUGUGGGAAGGGCUUCAAGUGGAGCCUGAACCUCGACAUGCAUCAGAGGGUCCACACAGGAGAGAAACCAUAUAAGUGUGGGGAGUGUGGGAAGCACUUCAGUCAGGCCUCAAGUCUUCAGCUUCAUCAGAGUGUCCACACUGGAGAGAAGCCGUACAGAUGUGACAGAUGCAGUAAGGUCUUCAGUCGGUCUUCACAGCUACAGUCUCAUCAAAGAGUGCACACAGGGGAGAAGCCUUACAAGUGUGAGACCUGUGGUAAGAACUUCAGUUGGCGCUCCAAUCUAACAAUUCAUCACAGAAUCCAUGAUGCUGAUAAAUGCUAUAAAAGUGAUAGGAGUGGUAAGAUCAUCAGAGAGCCCACACACGAAAAAAGUUCCAUAAAAUGA